AAGAUUAAGGAGAAAAAAAAUUGUUUUUCUUUGGUUUGUGCCUGUUUUAAGUGAAAUCGACUCGUGAUGGUUUUCCUGUCACAGUGGUGUGUUGUAGCGGCAACUCUUGUAGUGACUUUGACUUCAGCCGACCAGGCUGGUGAAGUAGGAGACAAAACAGCUUUCUUAAGAAAACGACUAAGAGAGUAUGGGCUGGUUACUCCUUUCAGCACUGACUUGAAAGGCAAUUACGUGUCACAUCUUCUCUCAGCUACUCACAAGCAACGAAUCAAAAGAGAUGUCUCCCAAAUUUCAGACCUUGGGGACGAGAAGCUCUAUUUCAAUAUAUCGGCUUUUGGGAGAGAAUUUCAUCUGCGUCUUAGACCUAAUAGCAAGUUGGUUGCUCCUGGAGCUGUCAUAGAGUGGCAUGAAGAGACUGGAGAUUUUAAGGAUGAAAUCAAAGUGGAAAGUCAAAAUCACACAAGUGACAGCUUUGAUAGGAUCCAAAAGAUAGAGCGUCUGAGGACGGACUGCACUUACACUGGUGAUAUAACGGACAUCCCUGGCGCUUCAGUAGCCAUUAGCAACUGUGACGGAUUGGCUGGCUUGAUUCGGAUUCAUUCGGAUGAGUAUUUUAUUGAACCUCUGGUCCAAGGAGUGGUGGAACAGGAAGAAAAAGGGAGAGUCCAUGUAGUUUACAAGAGGUCAGCUGUGCAUCUAGCAGUUCCUGAGGUGCCCGCAAAUGUCCGUGACAAUGAUCCAGAACUUCAUGUUGCAGAAGCUGUGGACAGUCUUGCUGAACAAAUGAAUGACACUCUCAGGAGGCGCAGACAUGCUGGAACAGAUGAUUACAAUAUUGAGGUUCUUUUGGGAGUGGAUGAUUCUGUUGUACGAUUCCAUGGAAAGGAACAUGUUCAGAAUUACCUACUUACUUUGAUGAAUAUAGUGAAUGAGAUUUAUCAUGAUGAAUCCCUAGGCGCACACAUAAAUGUUGUACUUGUGCGAAUGAUUAUGCUUGGUUAUGCAAAGUCUAUUAGCUUGAUUGAAAGAGGAAAUCCUUCUAGAAGUCUGGAGAAUGUAUGUCGAUGGGCAUUUUCACAGCAAAAGUCCGACCCUGAUCAUUCUGAACACCACGAUCAUGCCAUUUUUUUGACAAGACAAGACUUUGGACCAGCUGGAAUGCAAGGAUAUGCUCCAGUCACUGGUAUGUGCCAUCCUGUGCGUAGCUGCACCCUAAAUCAUGAAGAUGGAUUUUCCUCAGCAUUUGUUGUUGCCCAUGAAACAGGACACGUUUUGGGGAUGGAGCAUGAUGGCCAAGGAAAUCGCUGUGGAGAUGAAACCGCAAUGGGCAGUGUGAUGGCACCUCUGGUGCAGGCUGCUUUUCACCGUUAUCACUGGUCAAGGUGUAGUGGACAAGAGCUCAAACGAUAUAUUCAUUCAUAUGACUGUCUUUUGGAUGACCCUUUUGAACAUGAUUGGCCAAAACUGCCAGAACUCCCUGGAAUUAACUAUUCAAUGGAUGAACAAUGCCGAUUUGACUUUGGAGUUGGAUAUAAGAUGUGCACAGCUUUUCGUACUUUUGAUCCUUGCAAGCAGCUCUGGUGUAGUCACCCUGAUAAUCCAUACUUCUGUAAGACAAAGAAAGGUCCACCUCUGGACGGGACUGAAUGUGCACCUGGAAAAUGGUGUUAUAAAGGUCACUGUAUGUGGAAAAAUGCAAACCAAAUGAGACAGGAUGGAAGUUGGGGAACCUGGACUAAGUUUGGAACUUGUUCUCGUAGCUGUGGAAUAGGAGUACGAUUUAGAACUCGUCAGUGCAACAAUCCAUCACCAUCAAAUGGUGGAAGUGACUGUCCUGGGUUAAACUAUGAGUAUCAGCUUUGCAAUACCGAUGAAUGUCCAAAACACUUUGAAGAUUUCAGGGCACAGCAGUGCCAGCAGAGAAAUUCCUACUUUGAGUAUCAGAAUAUGAAACAUCACUGGCUCCCUUAUGAACAUCCAGAUUCAAAUAAAAGAUGUCACCUCUAUUGUCAAUCAAAAGCAACUGGAGAUGUGGCUUACAUGAAGCAAUUAGUCCAUGACGGAACUCGUUGCUCAUAUAAAGAUCCACAUAGCAUAUGUGUACGGGGUGAAUGUGUGAAAGUAGGCUGUGACAAAGAAAUUGGGUCCAGUAAAGUUGAAGAUAAAUGUGGAGUCUGUGGAGGCGAUAACUCCCAUUGUAGAACAGUGAAAGGGACCUUCACGAGAACACCUAAGAAACCUGGUUACCUUAAGAUGUUUGACAUUCCACCCGGUGGUAGACAUGUGUUCAUUCAAGAGGAUGAAACCUCCCCUCACAUACUUGCCAUCAAGAAUCAAGCCACAGGACAUUAUAUUCUAAACGGUAAAGGAGAAGGAGUAGUGUCUAAGAGGUUCAUUGAUCUUGGUGUAGAAUGGGAAUAUACCAUUGAGGACAACAUUGAAACUGUUCGUACAGAUGGUCCAUUGCAUGAUGCAGUUCUAGUUUUGAUUAUACCACAAGACAAUGAAACAAGAUCAAGCCUUACAUACAAAUACAUUAUUCAUGAGGAUUCUGUACCUACAAUCAAUAAUAACAAUGUGCUACAGGAAGAGACUGACGCCUUUGAGUGGGCUUUGAAAAGCUGGUCACCAUGUUCAAAGCCCUGUGGAGGAGGCUUUCAGUACACUAAAUAUGGCUGUAGAAGGAAAAGUGACAAUAAGAUGGUUCAUCGUAGUUACUGUGAGGCAAGCAAAAAGCCAAAACCUAUUCGCAGGAUGUGCAAUCUCCAGGACUGCACUCAGCCCCUUUGGAUAACAGAAGAAUGGGAACACUGUACAAGAACCUGUGGAAGUUCGGGGUAUCAGCUUCGUAGUGUGCGCUGUGUCCAGCCUCUUCAUGAUGGAACGAACCGGUCAGUUCACACUAAGUACUGCAUUGGAGACAAGCCAGAAAGUCGUAGACCGUGUAAUAGGUCACCCUGCCCUGCUCAGUGGAAAACCAGCUCUUGGUCGGAGUGUUCAGUAACCUGCGGUGAAGGAACAGAACGCAGACAGGUGACAUGCCGGACUGGUGAUCGAUGUGAUGGAGAAAAGCCAGAGUCAACUAGGAUGUGCAGGCUUCAGCCAUGUAACGAUGAGCCAUGUUUAGGAGACAAGUCAAUUUUUUGCCAGAUGGAAGUUCUUGCGAGAUACUGCUCCAUUCCUGGAUAUAACAAGCUUUGCUGCGAGUCCUGUAGCAAGCGUAGUACAACCGUAUCAUCACAUUAUCUAUCUGAAAACAAAGAAGAGGAAAGUCUGGAUUCUGUUCAUAUUCCUGGAGUUGUAGCCAUGCCAUCCACCGUAGAACAAAACAAUUCAACAUCUGUGUCCUCUCGAAAAAUCACUCAGGGCUACAGGCCAGCCAUGGGAAGCUACAACGCCUUUAGCACCAUAUCUGCUGCUAACAACCAGUCACAGUCUACAAAUUCUUCACAAAUUAUGCAUCCUUAUAGCAGGAAGACUUCCAAACCUCUAGCAAUUCAGCAUCAGCUACAAGUUAGAAGGAAUGCAAAUCAUACUUAUGCAUUUGUAGGAAGUAAUUCACCACCACCACCAGCAAAUAAUAGUACUGGUGCUGCAGCGAGAAGGUCAGAGAAAUACGUAGACAGGAAGUGGCUGUCACGAUCAACUUCAGUUGAGAGAUGAAGGUGAUUUCUAUUGUGCAAGUGCAAAACACUACGGACAUAAUGGUGCAUGCUGCAUCUCAAGAGGUGUAACUUAAAUAUACUAUUUUCAGAGGAACAACGGUAAUGAAUAAAUGAAAAUGUACACAAUAGAAAGUGCUGGUUCACUUUAUGCUCUUGACUUCCACCUGUUUCUCUCACAGUGGGCAGAGUUCUUUACCGCCAGUGGCUGAAAAUACACCAAAGAUGCACUCUGUGAAGGUGGAUUAGGUCACUUAAAUCAAAGAGUUUAGUCAAGAAAUAUUUGCACACCAGCUGAUGUGAUUUAAAAAGGUCAAAAUAAGAUUAUAGUUUUAAUUACAGAAAAUACUGUAGUAUAAGAACGUUUAUAUGGACUUACUUGUUUAUUUUUGUAUUAUCUGUUAGAUAUUUAUAAUACUUUGCAGCUGUGUGUGUAAAUAAGGUAUAUGCAAAACAUCAGUAUUAUUUCUAAGAAGGCAAAAAGGGUUUGAAAACUUAUUGACCAAUAAAACUACAUGUCUGACAUUUAGAAAUGCAGUAUAUACAUUCCUGUAUAGAGAACAGUAGGACAGUAUAACUUGUUACAAGGGUUCAUCAUUUAAAAUGUAUGGAACAGGGAGUAAAACUCUACCUUCUUUUAUACAGCAUACACACACACACACAAAGUAGCUCAAAGGUGAAACAUAUACCACUUACACAUCUUCAAAUAAUUCAAAUGGUGCCUAACAUACAGUUACUGUGUGGUCAUUUGGAACUGAGUAUUAAAGGGGGAGAUUCUGAAAUAACAGCCAUGACACCAAAAGCAGCACAGACUGCAGCGUAUUAGCAGUUUUUCACUUUGAAAUCACUCUCAUUAGCCAUCUUCUCCGUCUGCUGCCUUAGAAAGAACAGGAAGAUCAUUUUACAGUCUUAUCAUCAGGCUUCAUUACGGUGAAGUGAGAACCUUUUGGAAGUUGCUUUUUCUACUACAUGUGAAACAACAGAUAGCGGCAAGAUGGGUGUGCAUUUUCAAAACAAACAUUUAUUUUAAUUCAUAAUUAAGGAACAGGGCAAAUUGUAAUUAUUUUGCCUAUUCAAUUUAAAGAGAGUUUUAUGUGAAAGUGCGAGGAUCAUUUUGCCUUGCAGUUUCCAGUUAAUUUGGCUACAGUCUGUUUGAUUGUACUAAAGAAACAUGGGCAGGGAGUUAUUUUUUCAUAGGAAUCUUCAGUGUUUCCACACAAUGAUAAUGCAUUUGACUGCAAUAAUGAGACACGAAAUUUAAAUCAGUUAACCUGUUUUUCACAGUUCGGUCAGAGAUCGUCUCUCCUGUGUGUUGAGCUGUAGUACUUGUACAGUAUAGUGGACUGAGAAUUUCAAAUAUUUAUUAAAAGUACCUUCUUAAUAUGCGUAUACAUAACCAGAAUGAAUACGCUGGUCAGAUUUUUUACACACUUCGCUUUAUGCACACUGUCAGCGAGGGAGCACAGUUUCAAACUGAUGGAACAACUGUCGGUAGAAAUUUACAGUAACUAGCUGACUAAAAUUUUAAUAUGCAAAUUCGUAAUUCCUUGACAAAGCUGUUUGAAAACAGCAAAUGUAGCUUGAAAGUAAAUUUUUAUAAUUAGGCUUCUAAGAAACAUACUGAGGAUCUAAUUUUUUAUUAAGUUCUCUGUAAAAACCAGUUCAUACAAAAAUAGACUUUGUAGUAUGUAGUUGUCGAAUAGAACAUUGAAGCACAUAGUAUUACACUAUGGAAGGUUGUUUAUUUUUUGUAAUAUAAAAUGGUGUUGACUCAUUGCCUCUAAUGAAUUGCUGCUACAUUCAUGCAAUGAAUUUUUUUGGUCAAAUAAAAGCUAGUAUUUUGUAGAUUUUCUAUUGACAAUCCCUGAGCCUCAAACAGAUAGCUAUGAGUAUGUUAUUUAUGUCUGUCUAUUCAGUACCUUCUGUAUACUCCUUUUAUUUCAUUUUUAUUGUUUUUAUUUUUAAAGUUUUGUAUUUUUUUUCUCAUGCAAGUGUACACUACUGAUGCUGUUUGUUGUAUUGGGGAGCACAUAGCAAUUAAAAAAAGUUUUUAAUAUUCA